GGGCCUGCUGUGAGGCUCCGGCUCUGGGUUCCUCAGAGCAGAGAUCCCAGGAGCGGACUCCCAGGGCGGGAUGCAGCUCCAUCCGGACUUGCUGCUGCUGCUGCCUCUGCAGGCGCUGCUGCUGCUGCUCUGGGCGCAGGAAGGGGCGAGCCUAGAGGCUUACUACCUGGAAGUGAAUAGCUCGGUGACGGUACAGAAGGGCCUGUGUGUCCAUGUGCCCUGCAAGUUCACCUACCGAUCUGAAGAUGGGACUCGGUUGGGCCCGGUUUACGGCUACUGGUACCGGUACCCGGACAGGUUACGACGCUGGAGUGGUCCGGUGGCCACGAAUGACCCAGAACGACAGGUGUGGGAGGAAACCAGGGGUCGAUUCCUCCUCACUGGGGACCCCGAGGACAACAAUUGCUCCCUGGACAUCAGAUAUGCCAAGAAGAAGGACGAGGGGUCGUUUUACUUUCGGCUGGAGAAAGGAAACACACGCUAUAGUUACAUAGAUUACCCAAUGUCUGUGCGGGUGAUGGACCUGACCCACCGCCCGAACAUCCUCAUCUCUGGGACCCUGGUGUCCGGCCGCCCCAGCAACCUGACCUGCUCUGCGUCCUGGGCCUGUGAGCAAGGGACACCCCCCAUGUUCUCCUGGGUGGGGGCCUCUGUGUCCCACUUGCAUCCCACAGUCACCAGCUCCCCAGUGCUCACCCUCACGCCCAGGCCCCAGGACCACCGCACCAACCUCACCUGUCAGGUGACUCUGCCCGGAGUCAGUGUGACCAGGAGGACGACGGUGCACCUCAGUGUGUCCUACCCCCCACAGAACCUGACUGUAACCAUCAUGGCCCGGGGAGCCAGCUCAGCACCCACAGCCCUGGAGAAUGGCUCCUCUCUUCUGGUCCUGGAGGGCCAAGUUCUGCGCCUGCUCUGUGCGGUCGACAGCCAUCCCCCGGCUAGGCUGACCUGGUCCUGGGGGAACCUGAUUCUGUGUCCUUCUGAGCCAGCGAACCCUGGGGUGCUGGAGCUGACUCCAGAGGACCUCAGGGGUGAAGGAAAGCUCACCUGCCGAGCACAGAACUCCCUGGGCUCGCAGCAUAUCUUGCUGAACUGGUCUCUGCCGACAGAUGAAGAGGAGCCUCCACCGAGAGGGACGGAGUUGGCUGGAGUGACACUGGGGGCCAUUGCGGGAGCCGGCGCCGCAACCCUGUUCUUCCUGUUAUUCUGUAUCAUCUUUGUCAUAGCAUGGUCCUGCAGAAAGAAAUCUUCCAGGCCAGCAGCAAGAAUGAGGGGUCAAGACACCACCAGUGGCUCGGCCUCACAGGGUCCCCUGGUUGAAUCUCAGCCAAAUGACAGCUCCUCACAGCAGCCUCCCCCAUCUGUGGCUGCCCCCUCAUCGGAUGAGGAAGAGAUCCACUAUGCGUCCCUCAGCUUCCAUGGAAUGAAGCCCAGAGACCCACAGGAGCACCAAAGCAUCACCAGUGAGUACUCAGAGAUAAAGACCCAUGAGUGAAAAGUUGCCAAUACUGGUUCUGUGUGGAGUAGUGAGAGCACCUCUGGGGAUAAGGAAAAUUCAGAGUUGGCUGGUCCUGCAGAAGGAAGAACCCUCUAGGUCACUUCACUGAACAUCUAGAGCCCGUCCUCAGCAACACUGAAACUAUGCUGCUACAUUGCAUCCCUUCUCUCCUCUCCAUCCAGUCCUGAAACUUCCAUAAUCACCACUCUAUUCUGUUUUUAUGAAUUCGACGUUUUCAGGUUGGACAUAUACAUGACCAGGUUCGACGUUUUCAGGUUGGACAUAUGCAUUGCCGGUCUCUCUGUGCCUGGAUCACUUUUUUUUUUUUUUUUUUUUUGUCUUUUUCCUUUUUAUUGGUAUCGGGGAUUGAACUCACGACUGCCUGCUUGCAAGUCAGGUGCUUAUGCCACUGAGCUAAACCUCCAGCCCCGUGCCUGGAUCACUUAACAUGAUGUCCUCCAGGUUCAUCCAUAGGGUGGCGAAAAACACAAUAAUGCAUUGUAAAGAGGGUUUUAAAAAAAAAAAAUUCUAUCAAAGGUAUGAUGACUAUUUGAGGUGAUGGAUAAGCUAAUUAGUCUGAUAAUUUCUUAAGAUGUGAAUCUACUGAAACAUCAUACUUUACCUAAAAAGGCAUAUAUAAUUAUUAUUUGUUCAUUAAAAUGAAAUGUUAGAAUACCUUCCCACUUAGCCUCCAGCUGCUUUCAUGUCUGGAAGUGGAGUUCAAGAAAUCGCCUCUGCAUUGAGAUAAGAGAGGUAAACCCAGCUCAUGGUCUCUCUCCUCUCAAGUCAAACCAAUCAAAUGAGCAAAGCUCCUUCACUAAAUCUCAGGAUAAUCUGAAGAAUAAACAGUAUGGAUUAAAAUUCACCUACACAUGUCACCAGAACAAGAAAAAGAACAGAGCACAGCAGUCAUUUGAUACAUGCAGACUUGGUGGCAAGAAAUCAAAGGAAGGAUGAACGUGGAAAGUUCCUUAAAUCUGGAUUCUAGCCCAUUUAUAGCAGCACUGAAAAACAAAAUGUCAGGGAAAAAUCUUUUCAAAAAAUGUGCAAUUUCUGUACUAAAAAAUAUAGAAACUUACUGAAAGAAAUAAAAGACCCUACUGAAUUCAAGAAAUAUACCAUGUUCAUGGAUUUGAAGAACAAAAUUAUUAUGAUGUUGGUUUGUUCUAUGUUGAUUUAAAAUAAUCCCAGUCACUAUAUAUUUAUGUGCAUAUGUGUAUAUAUGUAUACAUGUGUGUGUAAGGAUAUAUAACAUAUAUAUAUAUAUAAUAUGUAUAAAUUGAUGAGUUCAUUCUAAAAUUUACAUGGAAAUGUAAAGCACCUCGAAUAGCCCAGAAACGGUGUUAAAGAAAAGAACAGUAGGUGACAUUUCUUCAGACCCUUCUAUUAAGCUAGGGUACACCAAUGGGUGAGGUGCUGUCAGCAGAGUUAUCCCAUGGAGACAGGAGAAACUUUUAAACUAAUGUUGAUAGAACAAGUAUGGAAAAAAUGAACUUUGACUCCACUACACACACAAAAUAGUCUAAGAUGAACCAUAAACCUGAAAGUGAAAUUGGAAACUUAAACUUCUGUGGAGUUCAGUAUGGAAGCUAUUAGCCAUGCAAGGCUGUUGAGACUUGAAAAGUGCUACAAAUUAGAAGCAAAAGAAAAAUCUAAAGCUCCUAUUGGUAAUUUUAAGAUUGGCAGUAUGUUGAACAUAUUUUACUAAAUAAACUACUAUUAAAAGUAA